AUGCUGCCAAUUCUCACCUGGGCCUACCUGCGUCAUCUUGCCGUCCAGUACCAUGCGGAACCACAGGAACCGUUCGGUGGCGUACAGCGUAUAUCAGCGACACCUUCGCUCGGUAUGGAACCUGCAGCACACGGCUACAACUGUAGUCCCAUGUCGACGCUUACGCCCAUCAGCAACGCUUCGAAUAAGGGCCACGGAUUUGCGACGCACCUAGAUCGAGCAAUUGGCUCGCCAUUCACUCCCCACGGUUGUCAAUCAAGGUUAGACGGUCGGUGGAUCAUCCCCAACGAUACGAACGGCACGUUCCGUCCGUCCGUGCCGUUUCAUCCGCCCGCAAACCUAGCAAGUGAGGUGACAGGCGGGGGACAAAACACCCAACAGUCGAGUAUGCUUUUCCGGGAGCAGGUGGACGCGUUCGGCAUCUCCAGCAGUACGCAGAUCUCAGCAUUGCCGCUUCCGCUGGUCCACAGUGCGGGAGUCGCCAGGGAUCCAGCGGAGUCCCACACGGUGCGCGGUAUCCCGGCUGUCGGGACCGGACUUGGAUCGGUCGGAUCAUUCGUUGCCGUGAACGAUGUCAUUGGCAUGAACAUUACACCGGCAUUAUCGCAGGUUCUUUUAGCGCCUCCCGCGACUAGUGCGGGCUCCGGUGCGUCCAUCAUUGCGGCCGUGAAUGGGGUGGCCGAUGACAACGGGACGCGCGGCGAGGAAAUAAAUUCCUUUUACUUUUAUGAGACUGAACAGUUCGCGUUACUGUGGGUGCUGUUUACCGUGAUCGUGCUGGGCAAUUCGGCCGUGCUACUAACGCUGAUGCUUAACAGAACUCGCAAAUCGCGAAUGAAUUUCUUCAUCAAACAGCUUGCAAUCGCUGAUCUCUGCGUUGGAUUGCUAAGUGUUCUGACGGACAUCAUCUGGCGCAUCACGGUAGUAUGGCGGGCCGGAAAUGCCGCCUGUAAAGCCAUACGGUUCGUACAGGUCUGUGUAACAUAUGCCUCCACGUACGUGCUGGUAGCGCUCAGCAUUGACCGCUACGAUGCCAUCACACAUCCGAUGAACUUCUCCGGAUGCUGGAGCCGUGCACGGAAGCUGGUGGCUGCGGCUUGGAGUUUCAGUAUCCUUUUCUCCCUACCGAUAACGUACUUUUACGAGGAGCGACUAAUACAGGGUAAAAUGCAGUGCUGGAUCGAUCUGGUGGAAGCGUGGCGAUGGCAACUGUACAUGUGCUGGGUGUCGGGUUCCCUGUUCGUCAUACCGGCGUUAAUCAUUUCCGCCUGUUACGCUAUCAUCGUACGAACGAUCUGGGCAAAGGGUACCAUUCUUGGCCCGAUCGACCGGACGCACAACGGAAUGGCCGAUCUGGCAACACGGCGGGCCAGCUCCCGUGGCAUCAUACCACGUGCGAAGGUGAAGACGGUCAAGAUGACGAUCGUGAUUGUGAUCGUGUUCGUGCUGUGCUGGUCACCGUACAUCAUCUUCGAUCUGCUGCAGGUAUUCGGGCAAAUACCGGCGACCCAAACCAAUGUGGCCAUUGCCACCUUUAUCCAAAGCCUGGCGCCGCUCAACUCGGCGGCCAAUCCACUGAUAUACUGUCUCUUCUCGACGCAGGUGUGCCGUAUGAUAAAGAGACUGCCACCAUUCCGAUGGCUAUGGUCGACAAAGUGGUGCUGCAAACCGCACGAUUCCGGCACACUACCGCUCGGCAACGGGACGACCGUGAACGGUGCGGCACACGGACGGUUCCACAACCACAACAGUAGCGACUCGAUGCGAACGCUCACCACGUCACUGACCGUGUCCCGCCGGUCCUGCUUGCGGCCGGCCCGUGUUGUCAUUGUGGAACGCCCGAAAACGGAGCUCGCCAUGUCGGAGGUGUAGACGUGUCCGGGAGCCGUGUCCCGAUUGGGGGACAAAUUAGCUGAUGCGUUAAAGCUGAGUAGCGUCACCAGACCAAACGAACGAAAAUGCAUCCUGUGGGUGCACGGAGAGACUUAAUAGAAACGCAACGUAAGACCCAUUAGGUGUUGCAAGAAAAAAAGAAAGAAAAGAUACAAACCCUAAGAGGCUUCGGUCAGAACGAAACUGAAACAAAAACGGAACAUCAUCCAUCCAAGAAACAAAUAAGCUUUUCUUUUCUCGAUGUGCUUAACACACCAUGAAAGCGUAAAAGUCAACGAUCGUUUGCUCUUAACACAGAACACUUUGCUUUGCUCAUGCGAUGCGUAAAUAAACUCGACCCAGUGCAGUGGUCUGUUUUCAGGGCCAUAAUCUUUGGUUGCAGCUUCAAACAAUACCCAAACAGCACAAAAAAAGGCAAUAGAACGCUAGACCCGAACAUAAGUAGGUUGAAAAGAGAAUAAAAAAGCAAACAGAAAAAUCCCAGCGUGCAAAAUGAUAUCAACAAAGUGCGGUUUUGCAAUGCGUGUUGCAUACCUUUAGGCGUUUUUGUGAUGCAAGAUGCAUUAUAAAGUCCUGUUGAACAAACGAAAGGAGCGCAUUAAGCAUUACAAUAUAUGGUCCAUCUCGUCCACUUGUCAGCCUUCCCUUACCUUAUCUGCUUCCGGAAGCAUUCCGCACGGUCAAUCACACCGUGUGCUAAGCGGUUUCAUUAAUACGAACCCAUCUCACACGUCACUGUCCGUUGAAAAGCUCGCUGAACAAAUGAAACGAUUAGGCCAAAAAGGGUGGACGGUUGUCAAGGGCGCAAGAGAAAAUAAAAGCCCAACAUCGAGUGGAACAAUCCGUCUCAGAAUGAGGUUAGAACCCGGGUUGGAAUCUUAGGUUCGCAGAUUUAUGUACGCCCAUUAUCGUCAAAGUCAAUCCGCAUGUAUGUGUGCGUGCGUACGUGUGUGUGUGUGUUUGUGUGUUGGUUUUCGUGGGUGAGUGAAUGUUAUGUAAAUGUUGUCCCUCCGAUCCGUUCCGAUCCCUGUUUAGUGUAUUGGCGGAUGAUUAGACUCGGGAAAGAUAAGGAAGCGAGCGAGAGACAAAUCUUGCCAGCACAAAUAGAAAAACUAAAGACGUUAAAGGAGCAGAAGGAUGAGCGUAAUGAAAUGAAUGGGCAAACUGUUUUCCGCAUCAAGAUAUGGAACGCCCGGUGGGGGCCUAGGGCGAAGUAAUGUACGGCCUACGAAUUUUCCCCCCAACAGGCACAGUCUGAAGGCACAAAACGAAACACAGAGAAAUGGUGCUCAUGGCGUUGGGAUCGAGUUGCAUGUAAAUAGCUAUCAACUAUCGUUCAGGGAAGUGAAAUUCCAAAUCCAACCCAACCCUCUCUAAUGGAGAGCGAGCUGUCGAUGUUGUCUGAACGGUACCGCAAAGCAGAACCACACACAAACCGCACAAACCACUUGGCGUUGAAAACAAAUAUAUGUAUAGGAAAAGCGCAAAACCAAAACAACCCCCAUUUGCAAAUAUAUUUACAAUAAAUGUUAAAACGGUUUAGACAGAAAGACUACUGCCACUGAAUGGGUACAGAGUAAGAGAGAGUGGCUUCUUUCGGCCCAUUGAAACUGGGGACUGAAUUUUGAACACACCCAACGAUCGUUUGUCACCUUUUGUGUUGCGGAGGAGAGCUUUGCGGCUGAAUGUCCUUAUGCGCCUUCACAGUUGCGGUGGUCGGAAAAUUGAAUGUGCUGACGUUUACCGAAUUCCAACCAGCAGCCAAAACCCCAAUCGCGGCGCAUCAAUCAAGGGAAGCGAAAGUUCAACGAACUGCUGCCGGCCGGAACGCAAUACCCGUGUUAUGGGACGAUCGAAAUGAAUGGGUUCGAAUUUCGCCCCAAACCCCACCAGCUCCCUUGCAGGAACCGGCAUUCGGAUGGCAAGGACAUCGUGCGAGAGUGUAUACUUUUGGGAGUAGUUUUUGUAUUAAGAUAAUGCGGCUAACCAAAUCCCCUAGAAUGAUGUCGCUUGCCGUAAAGAUGGCAUAAAUGUAUGGGUGGGAUUUAGUUAGCCGGUAAGAUGCUCACCGGGUUUCCCAGCCCGACAGAUUGUAUGAUGUAGUGUUAACUUAUUUCCCAUAAUAAAUGUACCGAGAGG